GUUUACACGACACGUCGAGGCCUUCCAUUGCGUUGCUCCCGCAGCAUGCCCGAUUCGAGACUUAGCUAGCACACGCUGCGAUCGUGUCAGUUAGCGCAUUGCGCGCCCGAAUUACCGAGACUGUCCGGCUCUCGUCCCAUACAGAAUCCCGCUCUGCGACAUGGAGGGGAACAGGCCACAGUUGCCCCGUCGGCCCUCCAUUCCCUCGGCGUCCCCCCCGCACUCGAUACCCUUGCGGGACCUCCGACCGCCGGGUGAGACGGACGCUGGCGAGGGCGGCGGGACGGCCCAAGGGCCAUCACAGCAGCGUCCCGCGCAACACAGUGCCGCUGGCGAGGCUCCGUCGCCCAUUGCCAUGUCGGCCAACCUGCCGGGCUUCUCGGCGUACUGGGAGCAUCCUUACACGCCCGCCGACGACCACACACCCGCCGAGGACCCGGGCUCUGCCACUGGCCGCACCUCGCCGAUCGAUCACAUGGCCUUGCAGUUUGCCCUCCCCCCCGACAUUCACCUACAACGGCCUGCGUCCGUGACCGAACAGUUUAUGCCCUCUGCAAGCGACCCUUACCAGAUCCCCCACGCCUAUCACGAGGAGCGCGCCGAAACGGAUUCUCUUGAGUCGGAUAGGGUGCCCUUGAAACCGGCUGCGCAGCCCAUCAGCAGACUAGAUCCCCCAGACGGCGAGCCUUCCCCCCGGAAUAGCUUCCAGACCGUAUCCGAUCUUGGUAACACUCCUUCUCGAGCACGCAGCGCCCAGAUGCUCGGUUUUGACCUGGAGCCGGGCUUGGCCUCGGACCGGCAUCGCAGUUAUGGCGACCGUUUGUCACCGAUGGACCGUCGCCGGUCCCGCUCACCCACGGCCAGCGGGGCUCUGUCGAGGGCGAGUUCGAUCAUGAGGGCCAUGUCUCAACGUGUCGUUAUGAUCAGCGGAGAGGGUGACCUUGUCGAUCAGGCAACGCGGCGGGAUCGCUCUCGCUCACCCAGUGUCGACAAACGUCGAACCACCGACGUGUCAGGCCCCGGGUUUGUCGACACCUCAUACCCUUCGCAACUGUUCCAAACCCCAGCCGAAAAGAGACCCGGCGUUGAUUAUUUCCAGCCCGAAGAGGCGGCGCCCACGGCUCGGCGGCUCGGCCCGCUCCCGAACCCGCUAAGAGGAAACUCGCUGGGCAUAUUCCCCCCUGACAAUCCAAUACGGAAACGGCUCUGUGACAUACUGGUCAAUCCAUGGACCGAACCACUUAUCCUGAUUCUGAUCAUCGCCCAGGCGGUCCUCCUGGCCAUAGAGGCCGCGCCAGACGUCUUCGCUGCCGGAAACAGCAGACCUGAGCGCUGGGGAAGCACCCCAAUCGACUGGGCGCUCUUCGGGCUGUUUGUGGUUUUUACUCUCGAGAUCAUAGCCAGGAUAAUCGUCUCUGGCUUAAUUAUCAACGCCGAUGAUUACGCGCCCGUGGGAAGCCAACGGAGACUCAGGGAAAGAGUAGCCGAGCAGUACCGGGCCAUCUUCAAACCGCAGCGCCAAAAGUCUGUCCGGCAGCCGCCGCAGGAGCAGCAAUUCGUGCCCGCAUUUGCUAGAUCAUUCGCUGUGUAUGGGCUGCCGGGCCAAGCUACACUAGAGGAGCAGCAGCGGCUCCAUCUCGCGCGCAGGGCGUUUCUGCGCCACAGCUUCAACAGACUCGACUUCAUAGCCGUCGUUUCGUUUUGGAUAUCGUUUAUCCUCGGCGCCACCGGCAUGGAGAGCAAGCAUUCCAUCUAUGUGUUCCGCAUGCUCAGUUGCCUUCGCAUCAUAAGGUUGCUGGCACUCACAAGGGGUAACCUCAUUAUCCUCAGGAGUUUGAAGAAGUCUGCCCCGCUCCUCGUGCGAGUCUCGUUCCUCAUGGGCUUCUUUUGGAUUCUCUUCGCCAUCAUUGGAGUACAGAGCUUCAAGUCCAGCCUGAGCCGCCAAUGCACUUGGAUCAACCCGGAGGAUCCAACUAACUUCAGCGCCGCUUACACUCCGAGCAAGUCGUUUUGUGGGGGCUAUCUCAACUCAACGACGGGUAAGGAGGAACCCUGGGUUUUCUCUUCCUCGCCGACAAUGAACCUCUCCAGCGAGUUUCUGAGGCCCGGAGCGAAGAGUGCCAAGGGCUUCAUCUGUCCUCGGGGUUCCCUUUGCCUCCAACAAGACAACCCCUACAACGGCACGGUCAAUUUCGAUGAUAUUGGACACUCCCUCGAGCUGGUCUUUGUCAUCAUGAGUGCCAACACCUUCUCCGACUUGAUGUACUACACCGUGAGCUCGGAUUUCCUUCCAGCCGCUCUGUUCUUCGGGGCCGGCAUCAUCAUCAUGAUGCUCUGGAUGACCAACUUGUUGAUUGCCGUCAUCACCUCUUCCUUUCAAGUCAUCCGGGAGGAAUCCAAGGCCAGCGCUUUUACGGCCGAGGAGGAGCCUCCACCGCUCUUCCACGCAAGCAUGGAGCAAGGCCCCCGAAGGCAAUCCGCACUGCAGCGAAUAUCCAACGGGACUUCUUGGUUCUGGAUCUUGAUCAUUGUUUACGGACUCUUCGCCCAGUCGUUACGGAGCGCCACCAUGUCGCGAAGCCGCGAGGAGUUCGUCAACGUGUCUGAGAUCGUGGUCACCAGUUUUCUCGACGUCGAGAUUGCCCUGCGGUUGGCGGCCCACUUCCGGAGAUUCCAUCGCAAUCCGCGUAACCUUGUCGACCUUGGCCUCGCCGUGAUUACCACCGUCAUCCUUCUACCGCCGAUCCGCAACUCGGGUCAGGUGUACAACUGGCUCACCGCCUUUCAAAUUAUCCGGGUAUACCGCGUGGUCCUUGCUAUCCCCAUGACGAGGGAGCUGAUCCAGCUCGUGCUGGGCAACGUUACCGGUAUUGGGAAUCUGAUGCUGUUCGUCUUCCUGAUGACCUUCUUAAUGGCAAUAUUUGCCGCACAGUUGUUCCGAGGCCAGCUACCCGCGACGGACUCGGACGGCACGCCGCUCAGAAUCCCAUUCAACACCAUUUAUAACUCGUUUCUCGGCAUGUACCAGAUACUUUCGAGCGAGAACUGGACCGACAUUCUCUACAACGUCACGGCCUCCACCGUCCAUCUCAACACGGCCUGGGUAGGCGCGGUAUUCCUCAUCGGCUGGUUCAUCCUCUCCUACUUCAUCCUCAUCAACAUGUUCAUUGCCGUCAUCCAAGAGAACUUUGACGUCGGCGAGGACAUGAAGCGCCUGGAACAGGUCAAGGCGUUUCUGCAGCGCAGAGAACUGGGCGGUUCGUCCAAUCUAGCGCUCUCCAAGGUCUUCGGCUUUGGCAGGUCGCGUGAUCGCGUGGACCCGUUGGAUCAGACCACGGGCGUGGUAGACAUGCUCUUCAAGGAGGGCUUUGUACGCGAAUUCCUGGAUGAGGCUCUAGAUCCUCUGCAGGAGCAUACGACGGACGGCGAGUCCGCACAGCAGCUGGGCGGCAAAGGCAGGGGCAAAAAUGGCUUCCUGUCUGCGGCGUGGGGCAGGAUGAUUUCGCGAUUUCGCAGCCGGGAGCCCAACCCGUUCUAUUCCAACGUUGGCUUCGGCGGUCCCAUCGUUUCUCUGGAUCCGGGGCAGCUGGCCCGGCAAGCCGUGAGCGCUACUGCCGCUCGCCGCAAAGCGCAGAGAGAGUACCUGAUGCGGCACCCGAACUACAACACGUCCCUUUUCAUCUUCAAGCCACGGAAUCGACUGAGGCGGCUCUGCCAAAAGCUCGUGGGCCCCGGUCGAGGCACCGAGCGUUUCGACGGCGUGCAACCCAAUAAGUAUGCGUGGUACACGUUCUCGGCCGUCAUCUACGCCGCCAUUGUUGCCAUGGUUAUUCUCGCCUGCGUCACCACACCCUUGUAUCAAAAGGAGUACUUCGACCAGCACACGUUCAGCAUCUUGAACUGGUUUGUCUGGACGGACAUGGCGUUUGCCAUCGUGUUUACGCUCGAGGCCGUCAUCAAGAUCAUUGCUGACGGCUUUUUCUGGACUCCCAACGCCUACUUCCGAAGCACGUGGGGAAUCAUUGACGCCGUCGUGCUAAUCACGCUCUGGAUCAAUGUCAUCACGCUCUUCACCAAUGCUGGAGCUGUCUCUCGCGCCGUUGGCGCCUUCAAGGCACUAAGGGCACUGCGUCUGCUUAACGUCAGCGACAGUGCCAGAGAGACGUUCCAUUCACUCAUGAUUAUUGGCGGUCCGAAGAUUCUGAGUGCGGCCUUCGUCUCAAUCUCGCUGCUGAUUCCCUUUGCCAUUUACGGCCUGAACCUCUUCAACGGAAAGAUGGUGGCCUGCAACGACGGUUCGAAUAUUAUAAACCUGAGUGACUGUGUCGGCGAGUACAACAGCACCCCUUUCAGCAACAAUUGGCCCGUGCUGGCUCCACGGGUCGCCACGAAUCCGUUCUUCAACUUCGACGACUUUGGGUCAAGUCUCUUCAUUCUCUUCCAGAUUGUGAGCCAGGAAGGAUGGGUGGAUGUCUCGUUCGCCGCCCAAGCCAUCACCGGCAAGGGCCUCCAGCCGCAGGGUUCCCCGCCUUUCGCCGGCCAAGGGAACGCCCUGUUCUUCGUCGUGUUCAACCUCCUGGCGACCGUCUUCAUACUCACCCUGUUCAUCUCGGUCUUCAUGCGGAACUACACGGAGCAGACAGGAGUGGCGUUUUUGACGGCCGAGCAGCGGUCGUGGCUCGAGCUCCGAAAGCUCCUUCGCCAGAUCUCGCCGUCCAAGAGCGCGUACGACGAUAAGAAGAACAAGUGGAAGAUGUGGUGCCACAAGCGAGCGAUUGAGAAACGCGGCAAGUGGUACCUGGCCAUCACGUCCGUUCUCGUCUUCCACCUGGUCCUGCUCCUCACCGAAUUCAACAGUGAGCCCCUCUGGUGGACGCGCGCCAAGGACAUCCUCUUCCUCCUCUUCACGCUGAUCUACAUUGUGAACAUUGUCGUGCGCAUUGUUGGCCUCGGUUGGACCCGGUUUCGGAAGAGCUCAUGGGACCUGUUCUCUCUUGUGGCGGUCACUGGCGCCUUUGCCACCUCGAUUCUCUUCCUGACGGAUCCCAGCCAGGUUACCUACACUCAGCUGCACAAGUUCUUUUUGGUGGCGCUCCUCCUCUUGCUCAUUCCGCGGAACGACGCGCUCGACCAGCUCUUCAAGACGGCGGCUGCCAGCCUGACGACGAUUGGCAGCCUGCUGGCGACCUGGCUCGUGUUCUUCCUGGUGUUCGCCAUUGCUCUCACACAGACCUUCAGCCUCACGCGCUUCGGCGGCUCAGAGGAUGCCAACAUCAACCUCCGCACGGUACCGCACGCGCUCAUCCUGCUUUUCAGAUUCAGUUGCGGCGAGGGCUGGAACCAGGUGAUGGAGGAUUUCGCGCAGGUCAAACCGCCGUUCUGCGUGGAAGGCCCGAACUUCUUCCAGAGCGACUGCGGCAGCACCGCGUGGGCGAGAGUGCUCUUCGUCGCUUGGAACAUCAUCAGCAUGUACAUCUUCGUCAACCUGUUCGUGUCGCUCAUCUACGAGAGCUUCUCGUACGUGUACCAGCGGACCAACGGGCUGGCGGUCGUCGAUCGCGACGAAAUCCGGCGGUUCAAGGAAGCUUGGCGUAGCGUCGACCCGUCCGGGACUGGCUUCAUCAGCAAGGAGGCAUUCCCGCGGCUCCUCAGCGAGCUCUCCGGGGUGUUCGAGAUGCGCAUCUACGAUAACGACGAUUCCGUGCGGGCCAUCCUCGAGGACGUGCGCAGCGACAACGACGCUAUGAGCAUCAGGCACGCCUCGAUCAUCAGUCAGAACCAGUACAAGACGGGCAUUGACUUGCGGAAGCUGAACGAGCGCCUGUCGAGGAUCGACGUCGCCAAGGUCCGCGAGCGCCGGCGCCGCUUCAACUUGUUCUUCGAGGAGGUCAUGGUGUCCGCGGACCCCGAGAGGGGCAUCUCCUUUACGAUGGUGCUGAUGCUCCUGGCGCACUACAACAUCAUCAAUGACAACAAGAGUCUGCGGUAUGUGUCUCUCCAAUCUGCCCCUGCAGACACUCGAGGGCAAUAUGGAUUACUGUACAGGGGAUUGGCUAACAUGUCCGUCUCAGGCUCGAGGAGUUCUUGCGUCGCAAAUUGCGGCUCCAGCGCGUCGAGGAACAGGUCCGCAGGCGGAUCGUGCUGGGCUUCUUCGACAUGCUCUACUACUCCCGGCAGUUCAAACGGCACAUGGAGAUCAAGCGGGCGGGACGCAUGACGGCGAUUCCGCAGCUCGACGUGCCCGAGAUCCUGGUGGACAACGAGGAGCAGCGGGCCGAGGAAGAGGACCAGCAGCGGCGGGACCGGGCGGCAGGGCGCGGCAGGGCCAAGUCGAGCGCAGCCGCCACCACCACGGCCGGCACCGGCUCGAGCAGCCUGCUCUCGCCCACGGCCAGCCGCUCGCAGCAGCACCGGAGCUGGGCCGCGCUCGGCACGGACGUGUUCUCGUACGACGCCCCGUACGGACACCCGUUGGCCGCGCCGCGGGCAUCCGGGCCGGCUGCUGCCUCCUCCGGGCAUCGGUCGCAUACGAGCGCCUUCAGCUUCGAGCUGUCGGGACCC